AUGGAAUCAGGUAAUGCGCGAGCUAAGAACCAGGAUCAUGAAAAUGGCGAAGGUAAAACGUGUCAACAGAUCGGUGGUGUGCCUUCCAGUGAAGAGAUGAAAGAAGAGAACAAUAUUUCCAACCUAACAGCUAAAAAUGUUUUGCAGGGAUUGGGCUGGCUGGAUCGAUUUCUUUCAGUUUUUAUUAUUUUUGCAAUGAGUCUGGGUGUUGUCAUCGGUAUUCUUGCGCCACGUGUCAGAAAACAUUUGAACAAAGGGUAUCUCAAUGGCGUCUCAGCGCCUCUUGUCAUUGGCCUGAUCGUUAUGAUGUGGCCUAUCUUAACGAAGGUGCCUUACGAGACAUUCGGAACGACAUUUAAGGAUUCCAAAAUUUGGUUGCAAAUUUUUAUGUCUUUAUUGCUGAAUUGGGUCCUAGGUCCUUUUUUGAUGCUGGGAAUAGCUUGGGCAACAUUGCCAGACCUGGAAGAAUAUCGAAUUGGCAUCAUUAUGGUUGGCUUGGCACGCUGCAUUGCUAUGGUGAUGAUUUGGAACAAAAGCGCUCGCGGUGAUUCGAAUGUUUGCGCGAUUUUAGUUAUUUUAAAUUCAGUACUGCAAAUUGUCUUAUAUGCUCCUUACUGUAUCUGGUUUAUCAACGUGAUAUCCGGUUCUCGAGACUUUACACUGGACUAUGCAAACACAGCAGUUUUGAUUUACCUCGGCAUACCUCUGACCGCCGGUUGUUUCACCCGUUUUAUCUUCAUUACCUUUGCGGUCCGCACUACCUUUGAGAAAAAAUUUCUGCCAUUUUUUGGUCCUCUCUCGCUUGUAGGCUUGCUCUACACUAUAAUCAUCAUCUUUGCUGAACAAGCAAGACAUAUAUUGGACAAUUUGGGGCCAACUUUUCGCACUUUUGUACCGUUAGUCUUGUAUUUUGCAAUCAUUAGGCGUUAUGGACACGUGAAUUGGGACUAUCAGAUGGCUGUCGUUCAAGCGUUCACUGCUGGAAGCAACAACUUUGAGCUUGCCAUUGCCGUAUCCGUAUCGGUCCCUGUUUUAUUAACUCUCUCGUGGAUAGCUCUUUACGCGGGAAAAUAG